AUGGCAAUUCUUGAUAGGUUGCCAACCGUUGAUAGGUUAAGCAGGAUCGGCAUUGUUGUUAAUGGAGGCUGUAGGAACUGUGGGAAUGUGCAGGAGUUGAGAAAUCAUAUUUUCUUUGGCUAUGUGUUUGCUAGAGAAGUUUGGGAGAUUAUACUCGGACUGUGCAGGGUCCAUCGUGAGGUUAGGGGAGGGGAUGAGGAGCUUGGAUGGGCAGUGUCUGUUCUUAAGGGUAAAUCUUUGAUUGUGUGCAUUCUAAAAGUGGUUUGGUGUGCUUAUACAUGUUACAUAUGGGAGGAGAGGAAUUGUAGGUAA